AUGGAAGAGAAAAAUAUACAUAUGCAACCAAAUAUAAAUUACAGUUAUCGUAACCCUAAUAUGUACAAUAUGAAUUACCAUAACCCUAUAGUCCCCCCACCUCAACAACAAAUGCAGUUGUUUGUAAAUGAAUGGAAGAGUAUUUUAAGUCCUAUGCAAACUUGUAAAAUAAAACAACAAUUUGAUGAUAGAGAAUUUGUAGCAGAUUAUUUUAUGGGUUUCAAAUUAGAUUUUAAUAAUAAAUAUUUAAUUUUGGAUGCUUCAACUGAACUUAUGAAAUUUACAGCUUGUGAAAAAUCUGAAUUUUGUUAUAGGAAUUGUUUACCUAAAAUAUGUAUUCCAAUGAAUAUGAAGAUAUUAUCAUAUGGAAAAGAAAUUAGUAAACCUGAUAUUUUAAUGGAAAAAGAUUGUACCUGUACUUUUCUAUGUUUUAAUAGACCUACCAUAAAAAUGUAUGAUUUUUCAAAUAAUAAUAAUAAAGAACUUAUUGGAAUUAUUAAAACUCCAUAUAAGUGUUGCUCUUAUAAUUUUAAUUUAUUUGAUUCUUCUAAUAAUAAAAUUAUGUAUAUGGAUGAUACUUGUUGCCAAAUGAGUAUCUUAUGCCCUUGCCCAUGGGGCCCAUUUAAAUACAGUAACUUUUUUUUACGUGAUGCAAAUUCAAAAGAAAAAAUUGCUCACCUACGUAAAGAAGUACCUUUUCUCAAAUUUGUUAAACGUGAUAUUGAUAAUUAUACAUUGGACUUUGAACAAGUUCAAAACCCUGAAUGGAAAAUGAUGCUCUUAGCAUUUGCCCUCUUCUUAGAUUAUAUGUAUUAUGAUCGUAAAUAG